AUGGCUUAUAAAAGCAGGGACGUUGACUCCAGCAAGAUGGUACUAAACCGUCCCUUCCAGAACGAGACAAGAACCGUCAUAGAUCGCUUUCAUUCGCGUGCACAGAUGAAGAAUAUCAUUGUCUUCUUGCUGCUUUUGGCCUAUGGGUCAACUCUUGUGACCGCCAUUGCCUCCCAGUUUAAUGAGAUGAUCCAACUGAACACCGUGACUUUCAGUCUGGCCAAUUUCACCAACUACGGAUGCCACUGUGGAUCAGGGACGCAAGGGUUCCCUGUGGAUGAUGUUGACAGGUGUUGCCACAGCCAUGACUGCUGCUACAACAAAGCAGAGAUGUUUGGAUGUACUCCACACAUCCACACAUACAGAUUCUAUGCUCAGAGAGAUAAAAUUAAAUGUGUGAAGUCAAGGGACCGGUGUGAGAAGCUCAUCUGUGACUGUGACCGGAAAGCUGCCAGCUGCUUCCGGAAGCAUAUCUUCACCUACAAUCCUCAGUUCAAGAACCACCCAGUGGCCAACUGUCAGGCGCAGAGGCCAUUUUGUUGAGUAACAGAAUCAGUGUUCCUGUUCUCUCC